UAGUGUAGUAUCUUAAUCAUCUGCUGCUUCUAUUCAGAUCAGCCCAAUUAAUCUGGCUCUGCUAGUACAGAAGGCUGCUCCUGAAGACCUCAAUUUGCUGGACCAGAUCUUUAAGUGCCUACAGUGCGUUCCCGUGUGCGCACCCACAGAACUGGAGUUUAUUUUCUCAGUAAAGACAGCAAAAUGCGGGAUGUGACCCAGUGGGAUCUCUGUUUCAGGUCCUAAGCUGACUCCUCAUUAGAGAAUCUUCAUGUAUGUUCACACACCACCAUUCCCUGUGUCCAGUUCAUGGCUUUCCCGUGCCUCUGACACUCCUUCAUAAACCAUUAAACUGCUCACCUGCUCCCGCUUAAUCUCUGUGUAACCAUGUCAUCUGCAGUUCGAGCCCUGUUGCUUGUACUGCUAGGCGCUGGAGUCUUGCUUUCCAGUGGUGACUCUCCACGCCGAGAAAUUAAGAUAGACGGAGACCUGGUUUUGGGAGGUCUCUUUCCCAUUCAUGAGAAGGGCCUGGGCAUGGACGAGUGUGGGCGCAUCAAUGAGGACAGGGGCAUUCAGCGUUUAGAAGCCAUGCUCUUUGCCAUAGACCAGAUCAACCGAGAUGUUAGUCUGCUGCCUGGUGUCUCACUGGGUGUCCACAUCCUGGACACAUGCUCCAGGGACACGUAUGCACUGGAGCAAGCGCUAGAGUUUGUCAGAGCAUCGCUGACCAAGGUGGAUGACACUGAAUUUAUCUGUCCUGAUGGUUCGUAUGCAUUUCAGGAAGACAGCCCAUUGGCUAUUGCUGGAGUCAUUGGCGGUUCCUACAGUAGCGUCUCCAUACAGGUUGCAAACUUGUUGCGCCUGUUCCAGAUCCCUCAGAUAAGCUAUGCUUCUACGAGUGCCAAGUUGAGUGACAAAUCACGCUACGACUAUUUUGCUCGUACUGUCCCUCCGGAUUUCUACCAGGCAAAAGCCAUGGCUGAGAUCCUGCGUGCCUUUAACUGGACAUAUGUCUCUACAGUGGCAUCUGAAGGUGAUUACGGUGAGACAGGAAUCGAGGCCUUCGAGCAGGAGGCGCGUUUGCGCAACAUAUGCAUUGCUACAUCAGAAAAGGUGGGUCGCUCUAACGCAAAGCGUUCGUCAUAUGAAGCAGUGGUGCGCCAGCUUCUUCAGAAGCCCAAUGCUCGUGUGGUCGUGCUGUUCCUGCGCAGUGAUGAUGCCCGAGAGUUGUUGGGUGCCGCCACAAGCCUCAAUGCUUCCUUUAUCUGGGUGGCUAGCGAUGGAUGGGGGGCGCAGGAGAGCAUAAUAAAAGGAAAUGAGAUCACAGCAGAUGGCGCGAUCACAUUAGAACUUGCAGCACAUCCCAUACUCGAGUUCAACCGAUACUUCCAAAGCCUCAAUCCUCUUAACAAUCACCGAAACCCGUGGUACAAAGACUUCUGGGAACAGAAGUUCCAAUGCUCUUUAAGCACAACCUCACAUGCAGGGGCAGGAACUGCAAAACCACCAUGUGACCCAAAGCUGGCGGUGGAUAAAUCAAACUUCGAGCCGGAGUCCAAGAUCAUGUUUGUGGUAAAUGCAGUGUAUGCUAUGGCACAUGCAUUACACCGUAUGCAGAGGACACUGUGUGCUAACACCACACGCCUAUGUGAUGCCAUGCGCAGUCUCGAUGGCAAGAAGCUCUAUCGGGACUUCCUGCUUCAUGUCAACUUCAGAGCCCCAUUCUCCCCGCCUGGCUCAGAAAACAUGAUCAAGUUUGAUCAAUAUGGAGAUGGCAUAGGGCGAUACAACAUCUUCAACUACCAAAGAAUGCCAGGUAAUGACCGGUUUGGCUACAUCCACGUUGGAGAUUGGGCAGAAACGCUGUCUCUUAAUGAAUACCUGAUUGGCUGGCCACGUGGAACAGGUGUUCCCACAUCACAAUGCAGCGACCCUUGUGCUCCAAAUGAGAUGAAGAAGAUGCAAGCAGGCGAGUACUGCUGCUGGAUCUGCACCCCUUGUGAGCCCUAUGAAUAUCUGCCGGAUGAAUUCACUUGCGCACCCUGUGCUCUGGGCCAAUGGCCUCGGGCAGACCUGAGUGGUUGCUACGAUUUGCCUGAGGACUACAUAAUGUGGGAGGAUGCCUGGGCUAUUGGGCCCGUCUCCAUUGCUUGUGUGGGCUUUAUUUGUACUUCACUGGUCUUCGCUGUUUUUGUCCGCCAUAACGAAACACCACUGGUCAAGGCCUCUGGCCGAGAGCUGUGCUACAUUCUGCUUCUUGGAGUCCUCAUGUCCUACACCAUGACUUUUGUCUUCAUUGCUAAGCCCUCACCAGCCGUGUGUGCAUUGCGGCGUCUUGGCCUUGGAACCUCGUUUGCAGUCUGCUACUCUGCAUUGCUGACAAAGACCAACCGCAUUGCUCGGAUUUUCAAUGGAGUGAAAGACGGUGGUGUACAGAGGCCACGUUUUAUUAGCCCUAGUUCACAGGUCUUCAUCUGCCUGGCACUCAUCUCUGUCCAGCUUCUGCUUGUGUCCAUGUGGUUGCUGCUGGAGGUGCCUGGCACUCGACGUUUCACACUGCCUGAGAAGCGUCAGACGGUCAUUCUCAAAUGCAAUGUACGGGAUUCCAGCAUGCUGUUGUCACUCAGCUACGAUGUUGUUCUAGUGGUGCUCUGCACUAUCUAUGCCUUCAAGACCCGCAAGUGCCCUGAGAACUUCAACGAGGCCAAGUUCAUCGGCUUUACCAUGUAUACCACAUGCAUCAUUUGGCUUGCAUUCCUGCCCAUCUUCUAUGUCACAUCUAGUGACUACAGGGUCCAGACCACUACUAUGUGUAUAUCAGUGAGUCUCAGUGGUUUUGUGGUCCUGGGCUGCAUGUUUGCACCUAAAGUCCACAUCAUCAUGUUCCAACCCCAGAAGAACGUAACCAGUCACCGGCUCAACCUUAACCGCUUCAGCGUCAGUGGUCUGCCUGCUACCUGCUCGUCACACGGUGAGGAGCCAUCAAAGACUUCUGUUGCACAUCUGUGAGUGGCCAUGGUGUUCCGACGGUGUGUAACGGAAGAGAGAUCGUCGACUCCACCACUUCCUCUCUGUGACCCCUCGUCAGCGUAUUGCUCUUUAGCGACUGUUAGCCAAUCAGCACACAUUGUGCUCCAUCCAAGAACUCGUCCUGUCCACAGUGUGUAGAAAGUAUUAUUAUUACUAUUAUUAUUAUUAAAUUAUUUUCUAGGGCUUGUACAUAUUAACUUGAAAUUGUUGUAGAGAAACAGAGGAGCAAAAAAACUAUAAAACAUUUCUAGGGUGAUUUUGGAGACCUUUUUGUUUUUUUGUUUUUUUUUAUAGCUUUAUUAUGUUGUAAAAACUAUGAUAAAUAUUUCUCCAUUGGACUAUGAUAAAUGUAUUAUUGAAGGGAAAGUGUUGAGUGGCUACGCCUGCAAUACUGGACAAAAGUGGUCAUUUUCUUUUGUAGGCCUCAUUGUAACAAUCUAUUCUGUAUGUAUUUCUAUGUUGUAUAUUUGUAAAUAAUCUUACUGAUGAGUUUUAACCACACAAGGUUAUUAUAGGAGUAAAGUUGAUGUAGGGGUAUACCUAGUUGCUGACCAGAGGAUGGAAGUCUCACAGUCCUUUUAGUAAGCUUACAUAUCCUCCGCUAGUGCAUUUCAUAAACUGCUUCUCACAAAGCAAUGCACAAAGUGCUUUUGAUUGUUAAACCUUUAGAAACCUGUGGUAUUUCUUCAAUGCAUAAAGUGCUUGGUGAGACAGGAGUCAGUGAAAACGGUGAUCCGGUGUUUAAUGGCUCUUUGUGCCUUAUCAUGUGUUCAGUAGUUUGAUAUAAAAGCUUCCUCUAGUCCUUUAGAGGAUGCUGAGCCACUUUUUUUACAUGCGUAUUAUUUUUUUUACAUCUGAGUGUUUUAUACAUUUCUACAUUUUGAAGGCGGGGGUACAUUUUAUGUGAUGGGUUGAAAUGUGUAGUCAUAUCACUGGACUUGGGUCUGUGUUUUUAAUCUUGCUUUUCCUGGCAGUCAUCUCAUGUGACGGUUUACAAGUCUUAUUAAGUACAUCUUAAGUUUGAAGUUCAGAUGGUGGAAUGUUAUAAUGUUUGGGUCAAACAGACACAGCACUGAUGUAGACAUUCAUCAGGUAUUCACGAGUUACUGCUAUGACAAUAAGCACAAACAAUAUAACGGUAUUGAAUGUUAAAGUAAAGAGAAUCUGUUUGCACCAAGGUACAUAUAACUGUUUGCACCCUUAAAUGAUAAAACCGUGCAUAUCUAACAGAUUGGGGUGUAAUCAAACUUGACUAUAUUCAUUCAUUAAUCCAUUAAGCCUGGUCAGAGUUACUGUGGUUUAACUUACCCUAUUAGUUUAUGAAAACCUUUCUAGCUACAACCGCUAUAGCUACCCAGGUUUGCUAACAAAUAGUCAUUUCAGAUCAUUAAUAUAUCAUGUAAUUGAAAAAAGCUAAAAGAAGCUAAGAUUAAUCUGAUUAUUGAGUAAAUCUGAGGCCAAAUUUGGUAGCAAUUGAUACUACUGAAAUGAAACUUGCCAAAAAUGGGUGCAUAUAGUAUACCUGUUUUUUUUGUUUGUUUUUUUUUGUUAUUUAACUGGCUAUAAAUAGCAUCUGGCUAAAAUAAAUACAGUAGUUGUAGCAGGAAAAAAAGGUUAUUUCUCAGAUCAACAAGAUGGACUUCGUCUUCCAGUAAGAUAAUACAUGCGUACGGAUAUGCAUUUCAGAGAAGUCUCAUCAUAGCUGUGUUUAUUAUACAACAUACAUGAACCCACAUUACAAACUCUGUUGUUCGUUGUACUGUUCAUCUGUAUUGUAAAAUGUUCUUUAGAUACCAGUGUGAACUGGGAAGUGUUGACUAAGCACGAGAGACAUGUAAAGUAAAAAUAGAAUGUUGGUGCUUGAAAUGAAAAUACAGCGAAUUGCUGUAUGUGUGUAUGUAGAAGGAAAAAAGUACAGGAUUAUGGAAAGAGUUAUUUUUAUUUUUUAUGUAGUGCUCCACAAGCCACAGAAUUCUGAGGCCUAUCUGCAAUGAGGUUUGCACCUCAAACCCCCACCACCACUACCACCCCCAUCCCCACCCCCAAAAAUCUGCAACUCCCUGAUUCUUCCUGCAUGUCACGUUUUUAGCAGAGUCGACAUAUUCUACAUCAAAAUGAGGAGACAUUUUUAUUUAUGGCUGAUGUCAAAAGGUUUAUCACAAGUAAUGAUCUUCUUUAUUGUGGCUUGGAUUUGGAUCUGUUAUGGUGAACGUUUGCGUGUGGAUCCAGUGUGCCGAGUGUGGAUUUGAUACAACACUCUUUCAGAGGGACAUUUGUCUUCCUCUGUCUAUCUGUAUGCUCCCGAUUUAUAUACAGUGUAAUGUAUUGUUAAGGAAACCUGUGUUGAAUUUUUGAACUCUGGUCAAACACAAAGCAAUAGAACAGUACUCGUGGUGUAGUGUGUGCAAUAACAAGGAUAUGAUGAUAUAAUAAAUAAUAAC